AAACUUACUGUAUUGACGGCCAGUGUCAUUGUGGCUACCCAUCGUAAGUAUACAAACUGCACCGUAUUGACGGUCAGUGUCACUGUGGCUACCCACCGUAAGUAUACAAACUGCACUGUAUUGACGGCCAGUGUCACUGUGGCUACCCACCGUAAGUAUACAAACUUACUGUAUUGACGGCCAGUGUCACUGUGGCUACCCACCGUAAGUAUACAAACUGCACCGUAUUGACGGUCAGUGUCUCUGUGGCUACCCACCGUAAGUAUACAACCUACACAGUAUUGACGGCCAGUGUCUCUGUGGCUACCCAGCGUAAGUAUACAAACUGCACCGUUUUGACGGCCACUGUCACUACCCACCGUAAGUAUACAAACUGCACUGUAUUGACGGCCAGUGUCACUGUGGCUACCCAUCGUAAGUAUACAAACUGCACGGUUUUGACGGCCACUGUCACUACCCACCGUAAGUAUACAAACUGCACUGUACUGACGGCCAGUGUCUCUGUGGCUACCCAGCGUAAGUAUACAAACUGCACCGUUUUGACGGCCACUGUCACUACCCACCGUAAGUAUACAAACUGCACCGUAUUGACGGCCACUGUCACUACCCACCGUAAGUAUACAAACUGCACAGUAUUGACGGCCAGUGUCUCUGUGGCUACCCAGCGUAAGUAUACAACCUACACAGUAUUGACGGCCAGUGUCACUGUGGCUAACCACCGUAGGUAUACAACCUCAACUGUAUUGACGGCCAGUGUCACUAUGGCUACCCACCGUAAGUAUACAACCUACACUGUAUUGACGGCCAGUGUCACUGUGGCUACCCACCGUAAGUAUACAACCUACACUGUAUUGACGGCCAGUGUCACUAUGGCUACCCACCGUAAGUAUACAACCUACACAGUAUUAACGGUCAGUGUCACUGUGGCUACCCACCGUAAGUAUACAACCUACACAGUAUUGACGGCCAGUGUCCCUGUGGCUACCCACCGUAAGUAUACAACCUACACAGUAUUGACGGCCAGUCUCCCUGUGGCUACCCACCGUAAGUAUACAAACUGCACCGUAUUGACGGCCAGUGUCACUGUGGCUACCCACCGUAAGUAUACAAACUGCACCGUAUUGACGGCCAGUGUCACUAUGGCUACCCAUCGCAAGUAUACAACCAUCACUGUAUUAACGGCCAGUGUCACUGUGGCUACCCAUCGCAAGUAUACAACCAUCACUGUAUUAACGGCCAGUGUCACUGUGGCUACCCAUCGUAAGUAUACAACCAUCACUGUAUUGACGGCCAGUGUCACUGUGGCUACCCAUCGUAAGUACACAACCAUCACUGUAUUGACGGCCAGUGUCACUGUGGCUACCCAUCGUAAGUAUACAACCAUCACUGUAUUGGCGGACAGUGUCACUGUGGCUGCCCACCUUUAGCAUACAAACUGCACCGUAUUGACGGCCAGUGUCACUGUGGCUACCCACCGUAAGUAUACAACCAAUACUGUAUUGACGGCCAGUGUCACUGUGGCUACCCAUCGUAAGUAUACAACCAUCACUGUAUUGACGGCCAGUGUCACUGUGGCUACCCACCGUAAGUAUACAAACUGCACCGUAUUGACGGCCAGUGUCAAUGUGGCUACCCACCGUAAGUAUACAACCAUCACUGUAUUGACGGCCAGUGUCACUGUGGCUACCCACCGUAAGUAUACAAACUGCACCGUAUUGACGGCCACUGUCACUACCCACCGUAAGUAUACAAACUGCACCGUAUUGACGGCCAGUGUCAAUGUGGCUACCCAUCGCAAGUAUACAACCAUCACUGCAUUGACGGCCAGUGUCACUGUGGCUACCCACCGUAAGUAUACAACCAUCACUGUAUUGACGGCCAGUGUCACUGCGGCUACCCUUCAUAAGUACACAACCUACACUGUAUUGGUAGCCAGCGUCACUGUGGCCACCCAUCGUGGGUAUUCAAGGUCCACUGUAUUGAUGGCAAGCGUCACUGUGGCCACCCAUCGUAGGUAUUCAAUAUCCACUGUAUUGAUGGCCAGCGUCACUGUGGCCACCCAUCGUGGGUAUUCAAUGUCCACUGUAUUGAUGGCAAGCGUCAAUGUGGCCACCUAUCGUAGGUAUUCAAUAUCCACUGUAUUGACGGUCAGCGUCACUGUGGCCACCUAUCGUAGAUAUUCAAUGUCCACUGUAUUGAUGGCCAGCGUCACUGCGGCAACCCAUCGUAGGUAUUCAUUGUCCACUGUAUUAAUGGCAAGCGUCACUGUGGCCACCCAUCGUAGGUAUUCAAUAUCCACUGUAUUAAUUCGCCAGCGUCACUGCGGCCACCCAUCGUAGGUAUUCAAUGUCCACUGUAUUAAUGGCAAGCGUCACUGUGGCCACCUAUCGUAGGUAUUCAAUAUCCACUGUAUUAAUUCGCCAGCGUCACUGUGGCCACCCAUCGUAGGUAUUCAACGUCCACUGUAUUGAUGACAAGCGUCACUGUGGCCACCCAUCGUAGGUAUUCAAUGUCCACUGUAUUGAUGGCCAGCGUCACUGUGGCCACCUAUCGUAGGUAUUCAAUAUUCACUGUAUUAAUUCGCCAGCGUCACUGUGGCCACCCAUCGUAGGUAUUCGAUGUCCACUGUAUUUAUGGCCAGCGUCACUGCUGCCACCUAUCGUAGGUAUUCAACGUCCACUGUAUUGAUGGCCAGCGUCACUGUGGCCACCCAUCGUAGGUAUUCAAUAUUCACUGUAUUAAUUCGCAAGCGUCACUGUGGCCACCUAUCGUAGGUAUUCAAUAUCCACUGUAUUAAUUCGCCAGCGUCACUGUGGCCACCCAUCGUAGGUAUUCAACGUCCACUGUAUUGAUGGCCAGCGUCACUGUGGCCACCUAUCGUAGGUAUUCAACGUCCACUGUAUUGAUGACAAGCGUCACUGUGGCCACCUAUCGUAGGUAUUUAACGUCCACUGUAUUGAUGGCAAGCGUCACUGUGGCCACCCAUCGUAGGUAUUCAAUGUCCACUGUAUUGAUGGCCAGCGUCACUGUGGCCACCCAUCGUAGGUAUUCAAUAUUCACUGUAUUAAUUCGCCAGGGUCACUGUGGCCACCCAUCGUAGGUAUUCAAUGUCCACUGUAUUUAUGGCCAGCGUCACUGCUGCCACCCAUCGUAGGUAUUCAAUGUCCACUGUAUGAAUGGGAAGCGUCACUGUGGCCACCUAUCGUAGUUAUUCAAUAUCCACUGUAUUUAUGGCCAGCGUCACUGCUGCCACCCAUCGUAGGUAUUCAAUGUCCACUGUAUUGAUGGCAAGCGUCACUGUGGCCACCUAUCGUAGGUAUUCAACGUCCACUGUAUUGAUGGCCAGCGUCACUGUGGCCACCUAUCGUAGGUAUUCAAUGUCCACUGUAUUAAUGGCCAGCGUCACUUUGGCCACCUAUCGUAGGUAUUUAACGUCCACUGUAUUGAUGGCAAGCGUCACUGCGGCCACCCAUCGUAGGUAUUCAACGUCUACUGUAUUGAUGGCAAGCGUCACUUUUGCCACCCAUCGUUGGUAUUCAAUAUUCACUGUAUUGAUGGCCAGCGUCACUGUGGCCACCUAUCGUAGGUAUUCAACGUCCACUGUAUUGAUGGCCAGCGUCACUGUGGCCACCCAUCGUAGGUAUUCAACGUCCACUGUAUUGAUGGCCAGCGUCACUGUGGCCACCCAUCGUAGGUAUUCAAUAUCCACUGUAUUGAUGGCCAGCGUCACUGUGGCCACCUAUCGUAGGUAUUCAACGUCCACUGUAUUGAUGGCCAGCGUCACUGUGGCCACCCAUCGUAGGUAUUCAACGUCCACUGUAUUAAUGGCAAGCGUCACUGUGGCCACCUAUCGUAGGUAUUCAACUUCCACUGUAUUGAUGGCCAGCGUCACUGUGGCCACCCAUCGUAGGUAUUCAUUAUUCACUGUAUUAAUGGCCAGCGUUACUGCGGCCACCCAUCGUAGGUAUUCAGUAUUCACUGUAUUCAUGGCCAGCGUCACUGUGGCCACCCAUCGUAGGUAUUCAAUAUUCACUGUAUUAAUGGGAAGCGUCACUGUGGCCACCCAUCGUAGGUAUUCAAUGUCCACUGUAUUGAUGGCCAGCGUCACAGUGGCCACCUAUCGUAGGUAUUCAAUAUUCACUGUAUUGAUGGCAAGCGUCACUGUGGCCACCUAUCGUAGGUAUUCAAUAUUCACUGUAUUAAUGGCAAGCGUCACUGUGGCCACCCAUCGUAGGUAUUCAAUAUUCACUGUAUUGAUGGCAAGCGUCAAUGUGGCCACCUAUCGUAGGUAUUCAAUAGUCACUGUAUUAAUGGCAAGCGUCACUGUGGCCACCCAUCGUAGGUAUUUAAUAUUCAAUGUAUUGAUGGCCAGCGUCGCUGUGGCCACCUAUCGUAGGUAUUCAAUAUUCACUGUAUUAAUGGCAAGCGGCACUGUGGCCACCCAUCGUAGGUAUUCAAUGUUCACUGUAUUGAUGGCCAGCGUCACUGCGGCCACCCAUCGUAGGUAUUCAAUAUUCACUGUAUUAAUUCGCCAGCGUCACUGUGGCCACCUAUCGUAGGUAUUCAAUGUCCACUGUAUUGAUGGCAAGCGUCACUGUGGCCACCCAUCGUAGGUAUUCAAUAUUCACUGUAUUGAUGGCCAGCGUCACUGUGGCCACCUAUCGUAGGUAUUCAAUGUCCACUGUAUUGAUGGCCAGCGUCACUGCGGCCACCCAUCGUAGGUAUUCGAUGACCACUGUAGCCAGCGUCACUGCGGCCACCCAUCGUAAGUGAUCAACCUCAAAUGCAUCAACGAAGAAGCGAUGGUGACACACCAAAAGAAUAAUGAAGUUGAAAUCCAGUCAACUAGUCAUUCACACUACAAUUUCUUCUACCUAACGAUACCCAGCUACAACUGUAUUGACCUUCACAUUGUAACCGUUCUUGUUUCGGUAAUGAUCAUUGUAUGUAGCAGUAAUGCCCUACUGACAUUUUGUUGUGAAUUCUUUUCAGUAACAACUGAGCGUGAGGAAGAUGUGUAUCCACAAUUUGAAACUUACAAAUUAAAGUACCUGCUGUUUAUCUUA